UUAGGGAUUUUGGGUUUAAAGAAAAGAAGACAACAAUGUCAAUGGCGUCGAGGCUUUCCUCCCAGCUCCAACUGAAAAACAUGGAAGAAAAUCAUGAAGAAGAAGAAGAAGAAGAAGAAGAAGAAGAAGUAGUGAAACCCAACCAGCAAGAGAAACAAGAAGUAGAAGAAGAUGAACGGCCUGUUAAAUGCAUCACCCUUUACAAACGCGGAGGAGGAAGAACUGGGAAUAACCAGGUGUACGGAUUAUCAGGGAAAGGACAAUGGAGACAAGAACAAAGAUUAAGAGCAUCAAGAAUGGAACAUCAUUUAGGUAUUCACUGUUCACUUGAAGAUCUAAUUCAAGAACAAUUAAGUAGAUUUGAUGGUCAUUACAGUAGAGCAUUAGGACAACGCAGAAGACUUAAAGACAUGAGUCAAAUUCUAAUGCCCACUAAAUGUAGACUUCCAGUCGAAUUGGCAUGUCUUUCUUGGUAUGGUAAUUGGCGUCCUUCUUCGAUUCUAUCCCUUGUUCAAUCUUUUUCACGUACACCGAAAUCGUCUUCUUCUUCUUCUGGAAUUACUGCUAGUACUCCACUUUCAAGAAGUGAAAGAGUUUUGUCAGAUUUGAUUAAACAAACUCGUACUGAAGAGUUGAUUCUUGAUGAGGAAAUGGCAGAAAUUCAAGCUAAUUGUAUACUUCACCUUCCUUUUAAGAAAGCAUCUAAGAGAACCAGCAGUAUUGCUUCUGAUUUGGCUUGUGUUUAUUCUGAGUUCAAGAAAAUUGACAGGGUUUACAAUCAGGCUCAGAAACUUAGGUACAGGACGUUAGAACUGGUGGUGAAGAAACUGUUGAACCAGUCACAAGCUGCAGAGUUUUUAGUGGCAUUCGCUGGAAUUCAAGAGAUGGUUCAUGAGUUUGCUGUUUGUCGAAACCGUCAGAAGAAAGGUCCCAUUUCGGUGACUAUAAAGAGCAAUAACGGAAUGCAACAAUUGAUAGAUUCAUAUUUAUCCUCUGGUAGAUAAAUAAGAUGUGCGUUCUUGU